CAAAACCUCUUCACAUACAGCAUACUCAAACAAUGGCCAAACUAGCAAUAGUAGAUUUCUCCAAUGAAGACUGCUUCAAGCCUGGGACAAGUUCUUGGCUCUCAAUACGCAAAGACAUUUGCCAUGCACUCGAGGAGCUUGGCUGUUUCGUGGCAAUAUUACCCAACAAAAUUUCUUCGGAGGUUCGCAGUACUUUCUUCGACACGUUAGACGAGUUGUUUGAUUUCCCAACUGAAAUGAAAGUGAAAAGUUCUUAUGAAAAGCCUUACCCCACUGGCUACAUAAAAGUUAAAACCGCAGCUUUUGAAAGUUUUGGAAUUGCUGGUGCUACAAACCCUGAACAAACUCAGAUAUUCGAACAUCAUUUUUGGCCCAAUGGAAAUGAUGUAUUUCGUGAGAGUGCUGAUUUGUAUACAAAAGUAAUGGAAGAACUACAGCAUGCUGUCACGAGAAUGGUGUUUGAAAACUAUGGUGUAAAGGAGUACCAUGAUGAUCACCUUCAAUCGACUGUUCACACUUGCCGAUUUAACAAAUACAGUGAGCCUGAGAAAACUAGAACUAAUGUGGGUCUGCCAGGUCAUACAGACAAAAACUUUAGCACCAUACUCUGUCAAAAUCAUGUCAAAGGUCUGGAAAUAUAUUCAAAGGACGAUGAGUGGAUAUGUUUUGAUCCUCUGCCUUCGUCCUUCAUAUUUCUAGCUGGUGAUGCAUUACAGGUUUGGAGCAACGACAGAAUACGAGCUUGUAAACAUCGAGUGAACUUGAGCGAGAAUGAUGUACGACAUUCACUCGGACUAUUUUCAUUCAGGGUAGGGGAAACACAUACACAGAAGGAGCUUAUAGACGAGGACCACCCCCUACAGUAUAAGCCAUUGAAUAACUUGGAAUAUAUUCAAUAUGUCAAGAAAAAUGGCUCCAGCCUUGGACCUGACUAUACCGUCAAGGCAUAUUGUGGCGUUUGAUUUGUCUAGGUCUAAGGCUACAAGACAAUCUACUCUCCUUAUUUACCUUUCUUUACCUCUCCUCGUUUCUUUGUAUUUCUUUCUUGUCAAAAGAUAAGGCUGUGUAGCCUGUGUUUGUUGUUUGGUAUAUCUUUAUGUCAUGGCGUCGUUUCUUAUUUACUGUCAAGUUGCGGCACAGUGUGGAUGAUUGGCUGCCGUCACUGGGUUUAUUUGGCUGCCACCGAUUGGAAUUAAUGCA